UGCCGGCCGGGCCGGGCCGGGCCGGGCCGGGUGCCGCCGCACCGCCCCGCCGCAGGAAAAGCUGUUCUCCCCUUCGCUGGAGGGCCACGGCGCAGCUUUCCAGUCUCCGCACGUGAGGAUUUCUGUGUGAAUCAAAGCAGAAUGGAUCGCUAUCGAUAUUUCAUCUUUAACCAGAGGAACAUGGUCGUGCUGGGUCUGUUCCAGAUAGCCUUCAGCACGGUGUGCGUCGUCAGCGGGUUCACAGAUGGCAUUUUCAGAAUGGAGUCUCAGCUGGGCAAAACCAGAGCUCCAAUUUGGGCUGGGAUGGUGAUGGGAGUCCCAGGCGUCCUGGCUUUGUUUUCCUCUCAGAGGAAGAAUCCAGUUCUUGUGAAUGUGCUAGUAGUCGCUUCCAUAAUCUCUUGUGUUGCCAUCCUCAUUGUAAUAGUUUAUAGCUCCCUCACACUGAACUAUGGUGAAGAGGAGGAGCUGAGCUCUGCCCCAGUCCAUGUUAUCCAUACAAAGUUCGUACUUAAUAAAGUAGUCAAGGGUGCUAGCGUAGCCAUGCUAGCUGCAUCUAUCUGCAGUGCUUUUGUUGUGCUGGUGAUGGCUUACUUGGGAUGCCGGAGUCUUCCACGCUGCUCGUGCUACGACAGUGUAACUGGGAUGGAAUGGUUGCAACCUAGUGAGGACCAAAAUCAGGCUGUGGAAAUGGUUUGCGCUGUACAAAGUCCUGGGGGCAGAAUUUUUAACUUUCCAGAUCGGUUUCCAGCCCAGGACUUAGAUGCAGAGGAAGACGCAUCCAAACCUCCACCGUAUAUCAGAAUGGCUUGAAAAAGUGGUCGAACAUUUUAAAGCUACUAGUCUAAAAAUGUGGCAAGACAGAUGUAAGAAGUUCUUCAUCUUUAAAGAUGGUUAAGCACUUUUCCUUGGCCUUUUGAAAAACACACCCAGAAAGAAAGAACUAUUGAAUGCCCAAUGUUCAGCAAAGAUGACAGUGCAAAGGGGAAGACCUGCAGAUGUUUUUGGACAUUCAGACUUUGUAUAGUUAAAAUACCUCAUUGCCUCUGGAAAGCAUGAGCAUUUUUUCCUCCAGCUUUUGUACUUAAAUGAUGUUUUAUUCCACUAGAAUUCAU